AUGCAUUGUCCGUCACCUUUAAGUGUUACUGCUAAGAUGUUUGUUAUAACUUUAGACAAUCACUGUGGAACCGUCUCUCUUAGAACCGAAAAGGUGGUUGAGAAUGGGAACGUGGAAAUUGAGUAUUGUCCAAGUUUUGCAAUGCUUAACCGUGAUAGACUCGAACGUAAAUGGAUACGUUUCGACGGAAGGUUUGGCGAAACAUUAACAUUGAAUGGAGGUAGUUACGAAGAGAAAAUGGAACAACAUAACAAAUAUAUCUUGAUAAUAUACAGGUUCAAUGUUUCUAUGAAAGGACAAUAUAGGGUUUAUUGUGGUUCUCCUGUAGACAUGUACACAGAUCCUGUUACCGUGAACUUACCAGAACCACCAAGUGUACUUGUAAUAGUUGGAUUACGAGACAUAGAAAAUUGCAAGGACUGUAUUGUUGGUGAGGAUAAUGAGAUGUUCAAACUUGUAUGUGAGAUACACGGUGGUUCCCGUCCCCUAACCGUUACCAUGACAAUAGGAAAUGAAUCAUAUACACCUCUAGAAUGGAAUUUAACAACCUAUAUGGUACUUUUCACUGUUAGGGACCACCAUCACAUGACAAAUGUGUUAUUUUCAGUCAUGAACGAUGCAUUGUCGUCACCUUUAAAUGUUUCUGCUAAGAUGUUUGUUAUAAUUAACCCAGAUGAUAGAGAGACGGGCGAUAAUAUGAGUACAACAGCACACCCAGAUGGUAGAGAGACAGGCAAUUAUAUGAGUACAACAGGUAAAACUGUCCUGUCCAUGUGGGUUAUGUUAUACGUUCAAGGAUUGUCCUUUUAGUUCGUAUAUCAGCGAAAUUAUAAUAUUAUAAAGCAUUAUUGUUUAUUUGAGAAAAUUAUUUGUAUUAAAAAUCGAAAUAUCUAACCACACGGCAAAUUAUUUGUAAAAUACGACAUGAAUAUUUUUAAUUCAUAUUUUAACAAUCGAAAUUUUGCAAACCGGCGCAGGUAAAAGAUCGGAAGUUUGACUUCAAUAGUGUACAAUCAAUAAAAUGCUUCCAACUACCAUGAUUUCCGCGAAUUACUCAAAGGUGUUUUUAAAUCUUUGACAUCACUCACAACUUUGCUCUUACAGCGCACUUCGCUCAACUAACUUCACUAGUUGCAAGGAUAAAGUAGUAAAAAAUAACCACCUUUAUCAAAGGGUAAAAUGAUAUAUGAAGCUACUUACAAUAUAUUUGCAACUGUGUUCAUAUUCGAAUUAUAAUAAGUUACAAAAUUGAAUGAACGAAAACAAAAUGUAUUCUCGGGUGCUUGAAAUAGUCGCUAAACUUUCAAAAAAUAUGCAAUUAUAUAGAAAUAGGCGAUUUACAAAUCCUGAGACGGAUAUUCAAAGUAAGCAUGUCCGAUUUCCCGCUGUUACCCAGAUUCGCUCAUUCUUUACUAUAAGAAGCGUGGUACACAUGAGGUAUAUCCGGGUCAGGAUAUGUAUACAUGUAAUGUCGGGAAAUAUAAGAAGUCAGUGCUAAUAACUUCUGAAAGUGCCUACCUACAUACGUUUUGGGCUAAAUUUGGACUGGUAAGCGAUAGUAUUAUAGCUGCAUUUUCUGUUUCAACUGUUUGCAUGCACUGACAUUAAUUUCUUUUAUUAAGAAAAAGAUCGAUUUAUGUUCAAAAUCGUCUUCUUACGGCUCGGUCAAGCGAUGUCCUACCUAGACAAAAAGUGCAUUUCGCUUUAAAAUCGUACCAACUAGCAUAUUAUUAUUUCUCGAAAGAAAAGCAUUUCUGAGUAGAUUGCACAUUUGUUGGUGAAAAUUGGUUGACAAUUAACAAAGAUCAGGGACGUUAAAUAAGGCCUAAUGGUAGUUUCGCUGGCGAACAUUUCUACCUUUACUAUAUUCAUAGUAUAUAUGGAUGAAUUUUUUAAAAAGAAACUUUUCUUUGCUGUUUUGAAAACGAUAUAUUUUUUUUAAAAAAAUGAGUGAAAAAAGAAUGAUUAGUGAACAUUUCUUUUAAUUAGUGGACGUGGUCAUGAACAUGUAUACUAUACAAGGCACGCACGAACUGCUUUUGGUCAAACUAUUUGUCACUUCACAAAGUCAAUAAACAUUUAUGAGAUUGUUAUAUGUAAAAGUUACUUCAAAAAAGAGUUUCAUCAUUUUGCGUGAUAAACUAUGUCAGGGUACAAAAACGUCCCGGUUAAAUGACAUUGUAAACUAGCUGAAAAUAAACAACCGGUUACGUGUCAAUCUGGUUGGCACUUUCCGCAUUGUCACUUAUUCAAAGGCAGUACACAAUGCAAAUUGUACUAUAUUAUGUAACUUAAAGGUUAAUAUUUAACACUAAUGAUAUAUUUUUGUGCAUGCGUUUUGUUUUGUUUUGUCUUUCUUUUUUUCAUUGAAUUAAUAUUCCCUCAUCAUAGAUUCGUAUAUAUGUUAUACAUACAAUUAACGUUUUAAGUACUUAUUGCUUCAAGCCGCCCCAAAAUAACUGUUUUCUGGAUUACAUAACUUGAAAUAAAGUCUGUUAAAGCCUUUAAAUAAGAUAAAUUGUAGACAUUGUUAUUGCGUUUAUGCCCUACGCAGAAUGUGCAUGCGCAAAAUGCAGCAUUCGCUACAAUAGAAAAAUUGUAUUGUUAAAAAGUCAAGAGAAUAACGCUAACAUUAAGCGCGUCUUGACGCUAUAUUUGUAUUUUGCAAAUAAAGUCAUGUCAAAUUAUAUGCACGACUGUGCAAUAUCAUCUUAAUGGCAUCGCAAAAGCGGCACGGAUAUGUGAUAAAAAUGAAGAAUAAGUUUACGUUCUGCGCAUAGAAUAUUGACAGACUUUCUAAAUGAGUGAACAGUCCAGGUGAUGUAAUACCUGAGCCAAUGAAUGAUGACGGAAUGAAUAAUAGCACCAAUGGUUUUAUAGCAUGCUUGUCGAGCUAUCAAGUUGAGUUCGAAAUAACGUCUCGUGCUACCUCAUUAUUGCAAACUUCGAUACGAGGGAUGUUGUACGUUUUUAUUAUGCUUCAUGUAAAGACUCAGUUAAACCGAGUCUGCAAUUUUCAUGUAAUUUCAUUUUGACUAGUG